GAUAAAAAUGAUAGCGAUGAUAUCGUGCUCUCUGAACGCAGCCAUGAUCUCUCUUGUUACAGGAUUCACUUGGAGUUAUUUUCAACGAAAGUUUACGUAGUUUCCUGUCAAGUAUCAAGAGAAAUGUAGCUAUUUUAUAAUUAGUCUUAUCGCUCUUCAUCAGUUUCUUUUAUACGUUUAUGCUGGGCUCACCGCAAAUAACGGAUAUAGUGCUCGAUUUCGUCCUUUUUAAAAUUUGAUUUUGUCAACGAAUAACACACAGAUUAAUUAUGACGAAGAAUCGGACCAUACGUGAAUGUUACGCAAAUCUAGAAUAUGACGAAUUUGACAUACAAAAAGCACGAUCACAACUAUCUGACUUAUCUGAAACGAUAUUUUUUCCAGAAACUUAUUCAAAGAGAUUCCUUGAAAUGGCAACGGUAAUAGAAAAGAAUCUGCCUCUUUUCCAGUCUUAUUGUCGCCAUGUAGAUAUAGUUAGUACUAUUAUUGAAUAUUUAAAAUAUUACAGUAUGAAGUUUGUAAUUAACGAAGUUGAGGUGUCUUUUGAUGCAUUCAUGGAAUUAUUCAAUUUAGUGAACACACUUUUCUUUAUAUGUAUGCGAGAUUAUCCCAUGAGGCUUUUCAUAUCAAAGCUAGAGUCAAAAACUUUUCGUGAACAGUGUAUUCGGAGCAAUAUGGAACAUCGAGAUUCAGAUGAACAUUAUGAAAUGAUAAUUUUAGAAGAUUCAGAUUUGCAUGCAGUUGUUAAAGAAAUAAGAAAUUUUUAUUUUGACAAAAUCUGGAUUCAAGAACUACUAGUACCGAAACUUUCAUCAUUCAUGAACGAAUGCAAAGCCGCUCAUCAUUUUGAUAUAUUUCGAUCAAAACAGGAGUUACUUGAUUCCACUUCCCAUUCCGAAAAGUUGAGCAUAAUAUCUAUAUGGUCAGAGAAUAUUAUAGCUGCAAAGGAUUUGGCAGCGUUUUUAAAUAGAGACGUUACAUUUAUCAAUACAUAUAUGGAUUUUUACGGUAGUAUCGUACUCUUCCCGCCCAAGGGAAAAUCGGACUCCUCCUUUUCUACAUUAUUUCAAAACACAAGUACAAGUACGAGAAAACUAGGUAUAUUUGGACCUUUAUCUACUAGAUAUAAUCUGUUUUUUGAUGGAAUGUGGCAAAAACCUGUGGAAGAUACAUAUUGGAAUAAUAAAGGUUUUUUAUGGGCAAAUGCAACCAAUGAAGAUAUUAAGAGAUGCAUUGCUGCAGCUGAAAAAGGAGCCAAAAUUUGGAGUGCUAGAUCUAUUGAUUCCAGGAUGCAAGUGUUAUCUAAAUUGGCACACACAUUGGAAUGCAAUAAUAAGUUUGAACUGACAGAUAUAAUAUUAAAAUGGACAAAAUCUUCACAUUUCUAUGAAAAUUCAAUAAUGCAUCCUCAAAGUGGAAGAUUAGAAAUAACAGAAAUGCGUAAGCCACGCGGUAUUAUCAUCCUUAAGGGGAAGAACUUAAACGUGUUGUUUUGGCAGUUGACGUUAGCUUUAAUUACUGGCAAUUCUGUUAUUGUGCUAUGUAACGAUGUGGAUUGUAGUUUGAUACCAUAUUGUGACAUGUUUUCAACAUCCGGUAUACCCCCAGGUGUUAUAAAUAUGUUAUCAAUUGAAAAAAUGAAAGAUAUUUUAUAUGGGAAUUUUAAGAUUGAUGAAAGUCUAUUUUUCACUCAAGAAGGAAAAGAAAACUUUUGCAUGAAAUUCACCAUACCCAAGAUAAUUGUACUACCUGUUAAAUAAUUCUAAUAACUUACAAUAGUUUAAUGUUUAUAUAUACAUACACAGAUACAAAUAAUAUAUCCAUAUGUUUGUUUCAACAUUACAAUUAUGGGAAGAGGGUUUCUGUUAUUCGUCACAAUUUAAAAGAAAAUUGAUUAGAUAACAGUAUCGCAAUACAUCACAUUGCUUUUGGUUAUAAAUAAUUAGCGAUACAUCUUGCAUUUUAACUUCAUAGAUGCACAUAGAUGGUUAAUUUAAUCAUUAUCUUAAUAUCGCAUUAAGUUUCAAUAUUUUACACUUUGUUGGUAAACCCUGAAUGCUUAAAAAAACCAUAGGAGUCAUGUUUUUUUUUAUAUUGUACAUCAGCA